AUGCCAGAACAACGCCGAGAAGCAUUCAUCAAAAGGGAUACCAAUGAAACUAAGAUACAGAUUGCCAUUAGCUUAGAUGGAGGGCCAGUUACUAUACCUCACUCUAUUCUUCCUAAAAAGGACCAACAAGAAGAUCAUGCUGCUCAAUACACUGGAGGACAGCAGAUCAACAUUCAAACAGGUAUUGGAUUUCUUGAUCACAUGUUCCAUGCUUUGGCCAAGCAUUCAGGCUGGUCUUUGCUUAUCGAGUGUAUUGGAGACUUGCAUAUAGACGAUCAUCACACAAGUGAGGAUGUUGGUAUUGCGUUGGGACUUGCGUUAAAUAAGGCAUUGGGUCCAAUCAAAGGCGUAAAGAGAUUCGGUCAUGGAUACGCGCCAUUAGAUGAAGCUUUGAGCAGAGCAGUCGUUGAUUUAUCCAAUAGACCGUAUGCAGUAAUUGAUUUGGGCUUGAAGAGAGAAAAGAUUGGUGAAUUGUCAACAGAGAUGAUUCCUCAUGUAUUGGAGAGUUUUGCACAACUGGCUUCUAUUACCAUUCAUGUCGAUUGUUUGAGGGGCUUCAAUGAUCACCACAGAGCUGAAAGUGCAUUCAAAGCGUUGGCUAUUGCGAUUAAGGAGGCAACUUCAAAAACUGGUAAAGACGAUGUUCCUAGUACUAAGGGUGUCUUGUCGUGA